AUGACAGCCACACUGUUUGCAAACGGCAAGUUCUUCGCCACUCAAUCCGAGGGGGGAGAGCAGGAUGCCCAAUUUCACGAAUGCAUGCUCGUCGAAAAUGGAAUAAUCCAAUAUGUCGGUAGUGAUGAUGCCAGCAUUAGAGCUCUGGCCGCUUCGAAAGGUGCCGACGUGCGGGAUCUCGACGGUUACCAUGUACUUCCUGGCUUCAUUGAUGGCCAUGUACAUGCCCUCUUGCUCGGCCAGUCUCUGCAACGGCUAAACCUGGAAAGAUGUCAGAGCCUACAGGAAAUCCGAGACAUGAUCAGCAAUUACGCAGCAACACAUCCCGGUGCAUCUCGCAUUCUGUGCGGUGGUUGGAUGGAGUUUAUGACCGAUGGCAAAGCCGAUGUCUCGAUGCUGGAUGAUUUGGAUCCGCGGCCUAUCUAUAUCAUGUCGAGAGAUCUUCACUCCUGCUGGUGCAACACAGCAGCAAUUCAAGAUAUUGGGGUGGAGUCUGCACCCAAUCCUGUAGGAGGAACGAUUCAUCGCGAUGCUCAAGGCAAAGCACUCGGCUUCCUCAGUGAAGCCGCGUGCACAGUUCUUGUAUGGCCGCAUUUGGCACAGAUUGCCACGCCAAAGGACCGAGUUGGAGCGAUGAGAGAUGCAAUUCAAGCUCUCCACGCCGUGGGCUGCACAGGCUGUGUAGAAAUGGCUAUGGAUGAUGUUGCAUGGGAUGCACUGCAGACUCUCCGGGCAGAAAUGGGCGGCCAGCUCCCUGUGCAUAUUGCGGCCCACUGGCUUGUUCGCCCCACGGAUUCUACGGAUGGCGACGUGGAAGAGCUUACUCGGGCAAUCGCUUUAAGCAAAGAGUUCAACGCAGCCACUUCUCCAGACUUUCGCAUCGUGGGCAUCAAAAUAAUGUGCGACGGCGUUGUUGACUCGUGCACGGCAGCUCUGAUAGAGCCUUACUCCACUACAGGCGUAUCGGCAGAUCCUAUCUGGACUCCCGAAGCUCUUGGAGCAGUCGUUCGCAAAGCAGACCAAGCUGGCCUGCAGUGUGCCCUGCACGCCAUUGGAGACGCCGCUGCAAAGCUUGCUAUCGAUGCGCUGUCAGAGCAUGGUACCCCGGGUCGUCGCCAUCGCAUUGAGCACCUUGAGCUGACUAGCCCUGGUGAUGGGGCUCGACUUGCCGCUGCCGGCAUCACCGCGUCCAUUCAGCCCGCUCACGCCGAUCCAGUCCUGCUCAAGGCCUGGCCAGAACUGCUGGGUACAUCUCGAUGUAAAAGAGCUUUCGCAUAUGGCGAUUUCGCUGCCUCUGGAGCCAAUAUUUCCAUUGGAUCUGACUCUCCCACUGCAUCAUGGGACGUUCUUCGCAAUCUUUACACGGCGACGACCCGGCGAUCUGUGCGCGAUAGAGAGUACACGGCAGUGGUGAAUCCUGAGUUUGCCCUGUCCCUGUGCCAGGCCAUGCAGGCCGUGACACACGGAAGCGCCUACUCUUGUUUUGCUGAGGGCUGGACGGGAAGCCUGAAGAAGGGCCUGCAGGCAAAUUUUGUGGUAGCCAACAUGGAAUGGACCCCUCAGUCGUUGCUUCAGGCGCAAGUGAAGGAGACAUGGUAUAGAGGAAAGAAGGUGUAUGAUGCUCCAGCGAAAAUUUGA